AUGAUACAGCACCCAACAAAUUCAAAUGGGAGGAGGAAAACUUUGCCAAAAAAUAGUUCUUGCCCAAGUUUGUUUGCAGAAAUGCAUCUGGAAAUACAUCCAAAAGAAAAUGAAAGGAGGAAAGUUCCUGCUAAUACAUAUUGUACUGACAAACAUUUCACAAAGAGGGGACAGGAUGAGUUAAAAUUAUCCUCCAAACUAUCUGAUGCGGAUGAAGAUGUUUAUGAAACAGUUGCAAGUUCUUCCACUCUGGAGGCUGUCCAAGAUUUGAGAACCCUUCCUCCCAAACCUCAACAGGAUUCCGUAUAUGCAGAUAAACAUUGUCUGAAGCCUUCAGGUACUACCCACACAAGCAGUCACCCACCUCAGCCCCCUCAGUACUUGCCUAAACAUACGUCUGCUCUAGAGGCGAGGAGCGUGUCAAAUGUUGAAGGAGAAAGAGUGAAAACACACGGACUCCAGAAACCUUUGCCUCCCCCACGGCCUCUGAAGACACUGCCAAAACAGUAUCAUCCACUUCCUCCAGCACCGAAGAUAGGCAGCCAUGUCCUCCACACCAGGGAAACAGCCAGCCAGUCUCAUACUUCUCCAGUAUCAGCAAAGCCCACAAGGCAUCUAUCUUUUAGAGACCUGAAUGAAGCAUCUGGAAGAGAUAAAGAUACAAAAAAGAAACUUGAAUUGAUUGUACAAGAUCAACAGUAUAAAGCAAAGUAUCUUCCUAAAACCAGCUUUCAAUACACGCAGAGCUCCAAAAACAUUUGCAGCUCAGGGUCCACUGUAAAUGCAGAGAAUGUGUCAGUCAAGAGGUCACCACCUCCCAUACGCUACACAGCAUAUGAAAAUAAACCAAAACAUUCACUUGUAAAAGAGGAAAUGGAAUAUAUUGCCCAACCCACCCAAAAGGACUUAAACAAAUAUGAAUGGUACGUGGGAGAAUACGAUCGCCACGAAGCGGAGGCAGCGCUGCUGGAGGAGAACACUGAUGAGACUUUCUUAAUUAGAGAUUGUUCAAAGAAAUCAAACACCGAACCAUAUGUUUUGGUUGUCUAUUAUGGAAGAAGAGUAUACAACAUUAAAGUACGUUUUCUGGAAGACAGUCAACAGUAUGCACUGGGGACAGGGCUCAGAGGAGACGAUAAAUUUAAUUCUGUGAAAGAUAUAAUUGACUUCUAUAAAUAUGUUCCCAUCACACUCAUUGAUGGAAAGGAUAAAACAGGAGCCCAAAGAGUACAAUGCUACCUUACACAUCCAUUAAAGCUGUGCAAAAGACGCAUCUUACCUUAA